AGCGUGGGCGGGCGGCUGGCCACCGUCACGGUCAACAAGCAGCAGUACGAGAGCAGGGGAGCCUCCAUCCACGUUCUCAGCCUCCACAUGCAGGACUUUGUCAAGAUCCUGGGCCUCAAGCACCGGCGCGAGGUGGCAGGGAAAAGCGCCAUAUUCAGCGGGGAGCACUUUGUCCUGGAGGAGACCGACUGGUACCUGCUCAACCUCUUCCGGCUCUGGUGGCACUAUGGCAUCAGCUUCCUGCGCCUGCAGAUGUGGGUGGAGGAGGUGAUGGAGAAGUUCAUGAGGAUCUACAAGUACCAGGCACACGGCUAUGCCUUCUCCAGCCUGGAGGAGCUGCUGCACUCGCUGGGGGGUGACGCUUUUGUCAACAUGACACAGCGUUCAGUGGCCGAGUCCUUGCUGGAGGUGGGCGUCUCGCAGCGCUUUGUGGACGACGUCAUCGCGGCCGUCCUGCGUUCCAGCUAUGGGCAGUCGGUGCUGGUGCCUGCCUUUGCAGGGGCCAUGUCUCUGGCAGGGGCCCAGGGCAGCACCUGGGCGGUGGAAGGAGGCAACAAGCUCGUGUGUUCAGGUCUGCUGAAGCUGACCAAAGCCAACAUCAUCCCAGCCAGGGUGACGGGCAUCUCUCUGCACAGCUCGGAGGGAAGAGCCCUGUACCAGGUGCACUAUGAAGGCAGUGAAGGCCAGGGCUCAGCUUUCUACGACAUGGUGGUGGUGACAACUCCCCUGCACCCGAGCAGGAGCAACUUCACCUUCGAGAACUUCGAGCCGCCCAUCGCUGACUUCCCCGGAGCAUUCCAGCCCUCUGUCACCUCCGUGGUACACGGCUACCUCAACUCCUCCUACUUUGGCUUCCCUGACCCCAAGCUCUUCCCGUUCGCCAGCAUCCUCACCACCGACACCCCUGACCUCUUCUUCAAUGCCAUGGACAACAUCUGUCCUGUCAACAUCUCAGCGGCUUUCCGUCGUAAGCAGCCCCAGGAGGCCGCAGUGUGGCGUGUCCUCUCCCAGCAGCCGCUGGACAAGCAGCAGCUGAAGACCCUCUUCAGGUCCUACUACUCGGUGCAGGUGACAGAGUGGCAGGCGUAUCCCCGCUACGAUGCCGCCAAGUCGCUCCCGCCCAUCGUGCUCCAUGAAAACCUCUUCUACCUCAGCGGCGUGGAGUGGGUGGCCAGCUCCAUGGAGAUGAUAGCGGUGGCAGCCAAAAACGUGGCCCUGCUGGCUUACAACCGCUGGCAUCAGGACCUGGAGAAGAUUGACCAGAAGGACUUGAUGCACAAGGUGAAGACCGAGCUGUGAUGCCCAGGGGAGGCAGUGGGCCGGGAGCUUCUUUCUGCGUGUAGUAGCCUGGGGAGUAUUUAUUGCCUUGGGGACACCAGGGGGUUUGAGGCUGGGGGAGAAGGGACAGACUGCAUCCCAAUCAACUUGAACAUGAUUUACCUUCUGGAAUACAGUCCCUGUCCAGUG